AUGAGAUCCUCUUAUAUGCUCUGUAGUGAAGAAUUGGCACUUAGGUUUGCCUAUAUAAGCCCCGGUUUUAUCGAUCAUUGUAAUCUGCAACCAGUAACUGCGGCUAACUAAAUCAAAACCAAUUCGAUCAACAAACAUGGAUCCCAUCUUACUCUUCUGUACAAUCUUCUUUGCAGCCAUUUGUUUCGGAUUCCUCGUAUACUCCAAAAAAUCUAACGCUUCUCACCCUAACCUUCCACCCGGUAGAAUGGGCUUGCCAUUGAUUGGUGAAAGCCUUGAAUACCUCUUAACAGGUCGACAAGGGCAUCCUGAGAAGUUCUUAAAUGAUAGAAUGGCAAAAUACUCUUCAGAGGUAUUCAAAACUUCAAUACUCGGAGAACCAAUGGCAGUCGUUUGCGGCGCAGCUGGCAACAAAUUCUUGUUCUCCAAUGAAAACAAGCUUGUCACUGCCUGGUGGCCAGAUUCUGUCAACAAGAUUUUCCCUUCUUCUACACAAACAAGUUCAAAAGAAGAAUCAAAGAAGAUGAGGAAAAUGCUACCUAAUUUUCUCAAACCAGAAGCCUUGCAAAGAUACAUAGGUAUGAUGGAUAUGAUUGCGCAAAGACACUUUGAAGCGAGUUGGGAAGGAAAGCAAGAAAUAACAGUGUUUAGUCUUGCAAAGAGAUAUACCUUGUGGGUUGCUUGCAAAGUGUUUUUGAGCAUAGAGGACCCAGAGCGUGUUUCUAAAUUUGCCGACCAUUUCAAUGUUUUGGCUUCUGGAAUAAUUUCUGUCCCCAUAAACUUACCAGGGACACCUUUUCGUCGAGCUAUCAAUGCUUCAGAAUUGAUCAGGAAGGAGUUGAUGGCGAUCAUGAAGCAAAGGAAGAUUGAUCUUGUAGAGAACAAUGCAGCCCCAAAUCAAGAUAUUUUGUCUCACAUGUUGCUUGCAACUGAUGAGAAUGGGCAGUACUUGAAUGAAUUGAACAUAGCUGACAGGAUUCUUGGUUUGUUGAUUGGUGGCCACGACACUGCUAGUGCUGCCAUUACUUUCAUUGUCAAGUAUCUUGCUGAGCUUCCUAAUAUCUACAAUGAGGUUUUCGAAGGUAAUUUUCUAAACCCUUUUCUUCUCUUGAGAAUGUUUGUUCUAUAG